GCGAGCGGCAGCGCGGACAAAAUGUCAACUGGAUCAUGGACCUGAGCUGCUGCGGUGCCGGGGCCUGCCGCAACAAGUUGCCCUCGCCAUGCGGAUCCACUGCAGAGUGCUCGUGCUCGCCUUGUGCCUCGGAGUUUUCUUACUUUUAUACUUUUUAGGGGGAAACACUGCGGACGAGCCGCUGUUGAAACAAGUUGUGAUCGUGAAGCCUGAAGAGAAGCGCAACUCUUCACCGUCGCCAUCGGAGCUCGGGCGCGAUGCUGCGGCCAAGUUUGCGGCAAAGAAAGCGCCGGUAAAAGCACGAAAAGAAGGGAAAGCUGCGACUAAAGUGACACAUGCGAAAAGCAAACAGCGGAGCAAUGUGGGCCGACCUGUGACGAAGCGAGCCAGAGCUGGGGAGAGCAUGCAUCUGGCUGUGGUCGCCUGUGGAAACCGUUUGGACGAGACCCUGGCCAUGGUUAAAUCGGCCCUCCUGUUCAGCCUGAAGAAGAUCACGUUUCACAUAUUUGCAGAAGACCCCUUGGCCCCGCUGUUUGAAGAGAGGCUGAAGCAGUGGCCCCGCUCCGUUGCAGCUAAAUUUCACUUCACCAUCUACCCCAUCACCUUCUCAGUGGGCGAUGCGGAGGAGUGGAAGAAGCUGUUCAAGCCAUGUGCCGCACAGAGACUCUUCCUUCCUGUCAUUCUGAAGGAUGUGGACUCUCUGCUCUACGUUGACACCGAUGUGCUAUUCCUCCGGCCCAUGGAUGAUGUCUGGAGUUUCUUUAAAGCUUUCAACAGUUCACAACUUGCAGCAAUGGCCCCAGAGCACGAGGUCCCAAAGAUCGGAUGGUACAGCCGCUUUGCACGACAUCCUUUCUACGGAGUUACAGGGGUCAACUCCGGAGUGAUGCUCAUGAACCUGACGCGGAUCCGCAGCACACUGUUCAAAAACAGUAUGAUCCCCAGUGGCUUGUCGUGGGAGGAUCUUCUAAAUCCACUCUACCAGAAGUACAAGAACCACAUCACCUGGGGCGACCAGGACCUCCUCAACAUCAUUUUUCAUUAUAACCCAGAGUGUCUUUUCAUCUUCCCCUGCCAGUGGAAUUACAGGCCUGACCACUGCAUGUACGGAAGCAACUGCAAAGGGGCCGAACAGGAGGGUGUGUCCAUUCUGCAUGGAAACCGCGGAGUGUAUCAUGAUGACAAGCAGCCGGCCUUCAAAGUUGUCUAUGAUGCAAUCCGUGAUUUUCCCUUUGAGGACAACAUGUUCCAGUCCCUGUUCUACCCAAUUCAGACUAAGUUUCUUGACACAGUCAACACUUUGUGUGGUCGAAUUCCUCAAGUUUUCCUGAAGCAGAUAGAAAAGACUAUGAGAAAAGUGUUUGAGGACAAAGUGAUCCGCCACGCUCGGCCCCGCAAGUAGCUGCUGGUCUGAAGAACAGAAAACAGUAAUAAUUGAGCUGGUAUCACUCGAGCCUUGAGCCUUUUAAUUGACACAGGAACUUGAAAGUAAUGUUGAACUAAAAUGAAAUAUGAAAACUUUGUUUUAAUUGUGAAAUGAACCUAUGAGCAGCAAACAAUGCAGGUCAUUGAUGCUGCUUUAUCAUCUUUUAAUUUUCAUUAGCCACCUGCAAACAAAAUGAUUGGAUUGACCUGAAUAUAUUUGCUCAUGUUUGAA